UUUACCCCUGAUAAACCCUCUUCGAUGUGGUGUAUAUUUUUGCAUGUGAACAAGUCAGUAGGGCGAUAGAUGUGGUUAACUUGACAUAUCAUUAUAAAAUUUUAUACUCUCAAAGUGGUGAUAAUAAUAAGGUGCGAUUUUUUUUUACGUGCGCGAUAUGACAUCGAUGAUGAAGAUUUUUCGACCUUGGACCGAAGCUGACGAAAAAAAUGCUAAACGAGAGACUGAUGAGAAGAUGGAAGUUAUCAGAGAUUCGGCUUUUACCAGAGUACCGGAGCCGCAUCCGGUUAAUCCGGUCGAUUUCCCGAUCUAUGACGGAUUACCUUACGUGUUCGCCAACGGAGGUUUAGGCGCCGGCGCCGGUGUUGCCGGCUUCGAUGAGUGGAAUUUUUACGCGAGUGCGGAAAACAUGGCGCAAAAUUUAAGUUACCUGGAUCCGGCCUAUUUGAGUAUGGCUUUUCCCGAAAUCUACGGCAAUAAGAUAGCCAAGCUGAAGCAGAGGCCGAAGAAGUUCCGGUGUCCGCAUUGCAAAGUGUCGUUUAGUAAUAAUGGACAGCUCAAGGGUCACGUGAGAAUUCAUACCGGUGAAAGACCUUUCAAAUGCGAUUCCGAAAAAUGCGGCAAAAGUUUCACUAGAAACGAAGAAUUGACCAGACACAAAAGGAUUCACACUGGUUUACGUCCCUUUCCUUGCGAUCAAUGCGGUAAACGAUUCGGCCGAAAGGAUCACCUAAAGAAACACAUAAAAACACAUUUUCCGCAACCGCGAUUCUUGGACGCUAAUUUGGUCUCUUUGUAUCCGAUUUUGUUCGGGUAUUAGCGAGCCUACCUUAAAUCGGUAUACAUUUUCGCAACCUUACCUAUAAAUAACAGGUGAAUAGAAAAUAUAUCAACUUAGUCGGUAUACCUAGAUUGAUUUUUGACUUUAGGAAUAUUUUCAAUUAUUUCAACUUUCGUUAUAUUUUUUGUGAUAUUUAUGAUAUUUUUUUUGUAUUUUUUUUACAAUUCAUUUUUCACUUUACGAUUUAUAGGUAUAUUUUUUCAAGUUUAAGAUUUUGUAUCUAUAAGUAUUUACUUUUGUUUGUGUGUGUGUGUGACUUG